UAAGCAGUCAAAGUAAAACUCAUGUUAAAUGAGAAUCAGCACACAACUCCCACCAUCUCUAAAGCGUGUUGCAGUGAGAUGAGAUAAAGGUUUCAAAGUUAGAUUUGGUGCAUACGUUUUUGCCAAGCAACUUUGCAGUAUUAGCCUCAUUUGAAAGCUGGUAAAAAUGUACCGGUAGAGUGUGAAACAGGUGAGAAACUCAACGGCAUUUUGUUUUUGUAGAGUUCACCAAAAUCAACUUCAUCUGAAAACACUGCAAUUGUGCUUUCUCGCCUAUAAGUGGCAAUGUUGCCCACAAUUUUGCAAGAGUUAAGACACUCAUCUCCACUUUAAAAAACACUUGAUUUGAAAGUUCUCCGACUGUCACAAAAUUAAAAUGGCAUUAAAUGUUUCACCUGUUUCACAUUUUACAUUUUCCCAGCUUUCAAAUAAGACCCAUCAUGAAUAAUCCGAUUGGCAAAAAUUUUAAUGAAUUUCGGUUAAAAAGUCCUACAUCACCAUUUUGACUGUAAAAAUCUUGGCGUUGAAAAUGCAAAUGUUGCUGGAAUUGAUAGAGCCAAUUCCAGCGUUGUCUUGCACUUAGGACAGAACAGGUGUGUACCUAAUAAAGUGACCGUCUAGUUCAUUCUGUGCUGCCUGCACUUUCAACAUCGCAGCGAUGGGUGUCAGUCUUACCACAUUUACAACACCAAGUGUCACACUUAAGUGUGCUCGUUAUAACUCCACAUUAUCAUUUUACUUUGACAUCUUUGUUUUUUUUUCUCUCAUUUUGUCCCCAGUAUCAAUAUACAGGUCAUUAAAGCCUAGUAGUGUAAUUUAAUGGUUAACCACACAACACUCCCCCCUUUCCUCCCGCGGGUCCAUGCCACGGUCCACGCUUCAUAAGCCGUGUGCAGCCUCUUGAGGCUCAGUCAGUCAGUCCACGGAAGAAGCCCACACGCACACUUACACGAUGGCUCUCGCAGAAGCGUCCAAGCAACGCGACGACUCCCACUUUCCGGAAAUCGUCGAGCUGAACGUCGGGGGACAGGUGUACGUCACCCGGCUGCAAACUCUCGUCGCGGUGCCGGAUUCUCUCCUUUGGCACAUGUUCACCCGCCGGACCCCCAAGGAACUGGCCAGAGACACCAAGGGCCGCUUCUUCCUCGACCGAGACGGCUUCUUGUUCCGCUACGUCCUCGACUAUCUGCGCGACCUGACCUUGGUGCUCCCGGACUACUUCCCGGAGAGGAGCCGACUGAGGAGGGAGGCGGACUUCUUUCAGCUUCGAGAGCUGGCCAAGAGGCUCUGUCCGCAAAUGAGCAAGGACAACUCCGUCAGCGAGGAGAUUAGCCACAGCGAUACCGAGGACAGCUCGCUCCAAGGCAGCCAGCCGCCGUGCGCAUCGGCCGGGGGCGCGGAUGCAACGUUACGCACCAGCACGGCCGUGCGCUCCCCGUCUAUGGACUCCAGGAAGUCGGGCUACAUCACUGUUGGCUACCGGGGAUCAUACACCAUCGGCCGGGACAUCCAGACCGACGCCAAAUUCCGCAGGGUGGCGCGCAUCACUGUGUGCGGGAAGACAUCCCUGGCCAAAGAGGUGUUCGGAGACACGCUCAACGAGAGCAGAGACCCGGACCGUCCGCCGGAGAGGUACACGUCGCGCUACUACCUCAAGUAUAAUUUCCUGGAGCAGGCUUUUGACAAGCUCACCGAGGUGGGCUUCCACAUGGUGGCAUGCAGCUCCACGGGCACCUGCGCCUACACCAGCAAUGACCCCGGCGAGGACAAAAUCUGGACAAGUUACACCGAAUAUGUCUUCUGUCGAGAACAGUAGCCACAGUACUUUUUAAAUGGAAAUAAAUGAUGCCCCUUUAUUCAACUACACCCUUGGAAUAUUAAUUACCCGUAUCACCAGAUACGAUUCAGAGAUUCCAAUGCACCCCUACAAAAAUCCAUACAAAUGUAGAACAAUGGUUAUCGACCAUGAGUUUCACAACCUUUACUGCGCUACACACAUAUUUACCACCCAGCAAAGUUACAAGAAGUAUAUAUAGCCUAUAUAGACAACAGCGAACCCCCGCCUAUCUGCAAAUUUAUUUUUGGACCGCAUCCUCCAUUAAAUGUUGAGAAGCUCACCUAUCUGCUGUUUUUUGUUUCCAACUGGUGCCAAGUAACUGUUAAAGUUAGGUAAUUAGCUUCAUUUAGACAAAUGUACUCCUUUGCUGCUGCUAUCUUGUGGCCUUUUUAGGGAUGCUGUCAAUUACAGCACUUGUGGAUUUUCACCUUUGGCAGCAGGGCUCUGUUGCAAUCCCCUGUUGAAUAACUAAAAUUGAGAUGAUGUAUGGUCAUAGUGGAAGAGCAUUUAAUUGUUCUGCCUGUCACUAUACAUCACCGGCAUAUGAACAAAGCUACAUCAUUCGUAUCAUUUUUGGACCAAUGAAGUGACAUCAUUACAUAUUAAAAACAAUGUUCUUGAUCCUGUGUGUGCAUAUGUGACAUAAAAGUUGCUCAAAAAAAAAUCAGGCUCCAAUAAUAUAAUUCGAGAUGGAACUAUUAACUGUGUUUUGAAUAACAUUGCAGAGAGUGAUAUGAUUUUUGGCCCAUGUUGAGAAUCGAAGUCUUUAGAACACUAAAUUUGAAUGUAAUCCAAUCAAAACUGUGACCUGUGUUAUGAAAUAAAUGACUGCGCAAAUAAGACACUAUCCAGUCUAGUGCAAAGCAGCGGGAUACAACUAAACAUUCAUCUAGGUAGCAGUCUGACAUCUGAUUUUCAAUUCACUGCUGUCUUAAUUAGGAAGAUUAAGACGCCAAAGUUCUCACAAAGGGGCUGCCAGAUCGCUCCUGCACUUCACUGUAUAUGAAGUUCUUUCGUCCUUUGCAUAUUGUUCUUGUCCAAUAAAAAGCAUGUAUUUUCUUUUUAGUUUUUUUUUCUUUUGAUCAGAAACAAGAAAACGGACAAAGAAAGUCAGUUGUUGGGAUGGCAAUAGCUGCUUCAGCUAAUAGUGUAGCAUCAUUGC